AUGCCCGGCAUGAACCCUCCGCAAUCGACGAAGUUCUCGAAUGAGGUGAAAGCCAGUCUCACAUGGCACAAAAUCAUCUGGGAUCACGCCAAUCGUUGGCUCAAGUAUGCCGACGAUACCAUCAAAGGCAAAGUACAGCGCAAGCAGAAGCCCGUCCUGAUCUGUGGUUCCAAAUUCAUGAAAUACCAAGACCCAACAGAUUGUGUUCGGGACAAACCAGGCGGCAAAUGUGUCAAGAAGAAUGGCAAGGAAGUUCUCAUCAACGAUCAGUUCGCCGCGCAGAUCAAGGGCGGCGACAGCAUCUUCGAGAUCGCGACCCCGUACUUCAAUCAGUACGCGACAAUGAGUGACCCGGAAUACGCAAACCUGCCCAAGGACCAAGAUGGCGACCAGCACUUUUGCAGAGGAUCAUUCGGUCAGAGUACCACUAUCUGGUUACCGAAGGGCAAGGAACUCGUGCCAGUGGUCAUUCUGUGCACAAGCACGAUCAUGGGUUCGACUAGAGGUCUCGAGGAGCCAGACAUGAGCGAGCAACCCGUGACCAAGAAUAUCGAUAGCAUGGCUGUGAGGUCGCUCAGUCUGUAUCAGGAGCUGUUCAAGUUGCAAGGUGGUCCGGAUAGCAAGGAGAUGGCUUACGAUAAGCCCGUCCGUUAUGGCUUGACGACGACUGGCCAGCUCGAGAAUGGAUUCCCAGGACGCCUCGAGGCCUGGGCCAAGCGAGGAACCGAAGACAAGCCCGUCUACGCCUCCACGGGCACAGACUCCCUCUGGAUGACCAUGUACGACCAAGCCGUCGACAAAACCGGCAAACCAAAAGCAACCCGCGUAGAAAAUCUGCAAUCCCUGAACUGCCCAAGCACAUACGCCUGGUUCGGCCUCGUCUCCUUAAUGAGCUCCCAAACCAAACAAAUCUGGGGCACAGGCCUCGCCCAACCAGCCGACAGCCCUUGGCAACCAGUCUACGCCAAAGGCCGAAACGCCCCCGGCUCUAAAUACAUUCAAGCCGCACUCGAAACAAACUCCGAUUGCUGGUGUGCUGACGCGGACGACGGGCUGGCGUGCAAGUUCGUACAGGAUGGGGAGCAAUCGCUUCCUCUGAGGCCUGCGAAUGAGGUUGUAGCGGGGCCUUCUGGUGAUAAGGGGAAGAGGCCGGCUUUCGCGCCUGCGGCGGGUGGGAGGGGGAAGGAGAGUGAGCUUGCUACUAUUAAGUCGGGGAGGCCUAAGACGAAGGAGGGGAACUCGAAGGGGAGCAAGUCCAAGGACGGGAAGAAGGACAAGAAAAAGGGAGGGGAUGCAGAUGAUAGUGGUAGUGGAGCUGGUCUGGCUGGACAAGUCUGA